AUGUCCAUAGCAGACACCUCUGACGCGCCUGUGAUGGAGCCGCCAACUGUUCCAGACCAACCUUCGGGAUCGCGAAAGUCUUACAGACGAAAAUAUCGCAAAAUCAUGGUCACUUUUGAAGAGAAAAUGAGAGAGAGCAACACUUUAUUCAAGGAAGAGCAAAGAAUUCAGGACAUCGCACAACGCCUUGCAGAGCAGACAGAUCAAUUACUUCAAUUGCUUCUCGAUCUCAACUCCCGACCGCAGGUUCCCAAAACUCUACGCUACGAUUUGAAACCUCCUGGGCAUGUGGGCUCGUCUACCUCGGUCGCACAGGAAACCAUCGAUGCAGAAGAAGGGCAUUCCCGGCUACUCAAAGCGCGACAUCAGCUACAAAACAAACAAAUCACUCCUGGCGAGUUUAAGGCCAUCGAACAGUCCCUAUUGCAAUCCGAAGAUUUUGCUCCCAGUCAAUCAUACACUUCGUUACUGGCGACUGUAGGACCGCUACUCCCUCAAGCUGAAAGAUCGGAAUCAAGCAAGGACCGUCCUAUUGGAUACAUUUCCAUCAAAGAGGAGGAUCAGUACCUGCAAUCUUUGGAUGGAUAUUUCGAUCGAACCUAUGCCAACCCACGGCAACAUGCGGCGGGGAAUCUGGGCAGCCGUACUGCGGAACGAACCAUUGAGCGGGAACGUGAGAUGCAGCUCAAGAACUCCGUCUCAGUAUACAACUGGUUGAGGAGACACCAGCCACAGGUUUUCCUACAAGACAACGAACCCGAAAAGCCAUCAAGAGCAACAGGAUCGCGAACUUCAACUCGAAAGUCGGCGGGCAAAGAAGCCUUGAAACAAGAACCGGAGUUGUACGACGAUGAUGGAAUUGCUGUCGACCAAGGAGGAUCUGCGAGAGGCAAACGCAAACGUGAACGUGACAAUGAUGGUGGCUAUCGUCCCAAAGGUGGAAGUUCGCGAGGCACGAAACGCAAGAAGGAGCCCAAGGAAGAGACAGUACGGAGCAAGCGGCCGAAGAAGUCAAUAUCGGACGCAAGAUAG